UUCCCACCCCACGCGGCUGUUGGCGCCAGACUCAAACAGGGAGGCCGCUGCGCGCACCAUGAACCUCUGCUAUCCUUGGAGACCUAGUGAGAAAAGCAAGUUAAAGCAACCGAGGGUACUUUUUAAAUGCACAUAUCCCGGCCCAUCAGCAUACAGUUCGAUGUAUACAGUGACCUCGACUGUAGCCUUUUUAACAUUCUUAGUCAAAGAAAAGAGGACUGAGUGGGGAGGAGAAGAGGACCCGGAUGAUGGAAAUAUUUUUCGAGACAAAAGAUGUAUUCCAACUGAAAGACCUGGAGAAGCUUGCUCCCAAGGAGAAAGGCAUCAGAGGCUGCUUAACAUAGAGUCUGUGAACGUUUCCUCCCCAGCUGCCAUGUCAGUGAAAGAAGUCCUCCAGAGCUUGGUAGAUGAUGGUAUGGUUGACUGCGAGAGGAUUGGGACCUCCAAUUACUAUUGGGCUUUCCCGAGCAAGGCUCUUCAUGCCCGGAAGCGCAAGUUGGAGGCUCUGAACUCUCAGCUAUCAGAGGGAAGCCAGAAGCAUGCAGACUUACAGAAGAGCAUUGAGAAAGCUAGAGUUGGCCGGCAAGAGACGGAAGAACGGGCCAUGCUUGCAAAAGAACUUUCUUCAUUUCAAGACCAAAGGAAAAAACUUAAGGCAGAAGUGGAAAAAUACAGAGAAUGUGACCCGCAGGUUGUGGAAGAAAUACGUCAAGCAAAUAAAGUAGCUAAGGAAGCCGCCAAUCGAUGGACAGAUAACAUAUUUGCAAUAAAAUCCUGGGCCAAAAGAAAAUACGGGUUUGAAGAAACUAAAAUUGAUAAAAACUUUGGAAUUCCAGAAGACUUUGACUAUGUAGACUAAAGUGUUUGGUGCUGAACAAGGAUCUGUGAGCUUGUAAAUAUGAAGCUUUAAACCUCUAACUGAU